CUUCUGUGUUCAAUUUUAAGGCUAAGGACGAUUACCGCAGAUUUGUUGUCAGGUCUGGAAACCAUCGAUUGGAUGUAAACUUCAGUUUGAUCUGUGCUGGAGUGAAAACUGAAGACAAUAUCUGACAGGACUCUGGAAUAACUCACAGCAGCAUCACAGCUAACACCAGGGACAGAGACAUCACACAUUAUUACAGAGAUACAUUCAAGGAGAGAACCUUCAUGUUUAGAAGAUCUACUUUAAUCUAGCAAUCUUGGCUGUAAAAAGCACACAGUCACUGUAACUAAUGACUUUUACUGUAGUUAUUCUGCAUUAUAUUCAUAUAUAGGCUAAUAACCUCAUCAUGCUGAACUAAAGGGUCAAACUGCAAGUUUAUCUCACCAGUUAUUAACUACCAGCAGACUAUACAUAACUAGCAAGCCAACCAGUGACCUUGUACUUGCAGUAAAGUUAGCCAUUAGCAUAGUGACUCUAGUAAACCAAGAUGGCUGACCCAUACCAAAACAACGUAUACCACCAAGGAGGAGGUGACAGCUAUGGGAGUUACGGAGAAGGUGGAGGCCAUGAUGGAUAUGGUUACCAGGCAGACUACCCUACCCAGGAAGAGGAUGCUGCGAGCGAUGCGACAGAAGGACAUGAUGAAGAGGAUCAGAUGUACGAAGGAGAAUAUCAAGGGAUACCCCACCCUGACGAGGUGAAGGCUGCACAGAGAGCAGCACGGGCUAAAACUAGAGCAGCUGGCAGUGCGGUGUCUGAACUAGAAGAGUUAUCUGAACAAUACGAAGACAUCAUGGAGGACUGUGGCCACGGGAAGUUCCAGUGGACGCUGUUUGUAGUGCUGGGCCUGGCUCUGAUGGCGGAUGGAGUCGAGUGUUUUGUGGUAGCGUUCGUUCUACCCUCUGCAGAAAAGGAUCUGUGUCUUUCCAAUGCAGAGAAAGGGAUGCUGGGUCUGACCGUCUUCCUGAGCAUGAUGGUGGGAGCAUUCCUGUGGGGGGGUCUGGCAGACAAAGUGGGCCGGCGGCGCUGUCUGAUCGUGGCGUUAGCUAUAAACUGUGUCUUUGCCUUCCUGUCUGCCUUCGUCCAGGGAUAUGGCUUCUUCCUCUUCUUCAGGGUGCUGUCUGGUGUUGGUAUUGGUGGCACAGUGCCCAUCGUGUACUCGUACUUCUCAGAGUUCCUCCAGAUGGAUAAGAGAGGCGAGCAUCUGUCCUGGUUGUGUAUGUUCUGGAUGAUCGGUGGCAUCUACGCUUCCUUCACCGCCUGGGGAAUCAUCCCCAGAUAUGGCUGGGGGUUCAGUAUGGGCACAGAGUUCCAGUUCCACAGCUGGAGGGUGUUUGUCCUGGUUGCAGCUCUUCCUGCUAUCUCCUCCCUGGUCGGUCUUACCUUCAUGCCUGAGAGCCCCCGCUUCCUGCUGGAGACAGCCAAGCACGAUGAGGCUUGGAUGAUCCUGAAGCAGGUCCAUGACACCAACUGGAGGGCCAAGGGACAGCCAGAAAAAGUAUUUACUGUGACUCAUAUCAAGGCACCUAAGACAGCAGAGGAUGAGUUUAUUGAGAUUCAGAGCGCUACAGGAACAGCUUUACAGCGAUGGGCUGUACGCUCACUCACACUCUGUAAACUGGUGUUGAAGAACGUAGCAUCACUCCUGUCUGCAGAGCUGAGGUUUGCUACUCUCUUGAUGGCCAUCAUCUGGUUCUGUAUGGCUUUCAGUUACUAUGGCCUGUCUGUUUGGUUCCCUGACAUGAUCAAACACCUUCAGUAUGAGGAGUACGAGUCCAAGGUCAAGGUGUUCCAUAGAGAACGAGUGGAGAACUUCCAUUUCAACUUUUCUUUAGAAAACCAGAUCCAUAAAGAAGGGGAAUACAUCAAUGACUCGUUCAUCAAAAUAGAGAUGAAGUCUGAGUUUGAGGGCUCACUGUUGAAGGCUGUCGCUUUGAAGAACAUCAGGUCCACAGACACUGUGUUUGAUAACUGCACCAUCUCCCGCUCCACCCUCUUCUCUGACACAGACCUGUGGGAGGAGAAGUUCAUUGACUGUAGGAUAGAGAACACCACCUUCGAGCACAACAAACAGGGCUGCCAUCUGGACACCGUGGAGGAGAACGACGUGCUCAUCUACAUGGUCAGCUUCCUGGGAAGUUUGGCUGUGUUGCCGGGCAACAUCAUCUCUGCCCUCUUUAUGGAGAAGAUUGGCAGGGCCAAGAUCAUAGGUGGCUCCAUGCUCAUUUCAGCUGGCUGCACCUUCCUGCUGUUCCUGAGCUUCAGCCAAUCAGCGAUCAUCGCCCUGCAGUCCUGUUCUGGCGGCGUCAGUGUCGCGGCAUGGAACGGCAUCCAGGUGGUGACCGUGGAGCUGUUCCCCACUUCCAAGAGGGCCACAGCCUUCGGGUUGCUGAACGCUCUGUGUAAGCUGGCGGCAGUGCUCGGCAGCUCCAUCUUCCCCAGCUUUGUGGGCGUCACCAGGGCCGUGCCCAUCCUGCUGUCCUUCGCUGCACUGGUGUGCGGGGGCCUGGUGGCCCUCAGACUCCCCGACACGCGAGAUAAAAUCCUGCAGUGAGGUCACAGAAGAUCUGGUGGAUUGGAUCAAAGCUGAGUCGAUUUGGGAAGCUUUUGAAUUGGAUGUGAAUUCCCUCUGCAUAUGAAAAAAACACCGACUGGAAAAAGCUUAUACCUAUUCAAUGUAAAAUGCCAAACUAUCUUUUUCAUAUCAACCAGUUUCAUUUUGUUCAGGCUGGAGAGACAGUCUGUUUGCCAGCUCAUAGAGUCCUUUUGUGAAACUGGAAAUGUUGAGUACCCCAACGUUUUAUGUCAGAAAUGUAUAGUACGGGUCGCCAGCACAUAGAAACUGCUGGAUGCUAACUUUCAUAUUUUGGGCAAUUAUCAUAAAAUGUAUUAAUUCGCAUGAAUUAGCAUAUGCAGAGAACAGCAAAAUUGCUUGGCUGAUUUGUACAAUGUUGGUGUGGUUUUGAUGUUGUUUGAGGAUAUUGGAACCAUUGUCAGAUUUAACCAGAAAGUGGCCAUAUUUAUACCCCGUGUGGACUGAUUUCGAUGAAUGUUGGGUCAACUUUAUAGUUUUAGGCAACUAAAAACUGCCAUUUUUAUCCUAAACAUUUCAGAAAUUGACUCAGCAUCCUAAAUACCCUCCAAAAUAACUCCAAAAUGUUCCAAAUCGGCCAGGCCAUUUUUGAACUAUUGCCUUCAUAUGCUAAUUCAUGCUAAUUAAUGCAACUAAUGCUGAUUGUGCAAAUUGCCCAACAUAUGCAAGUUAGCCUCUGGCAGUUUCUAUGUGCUGGGGACCCUACUAUACAUUUCUAACAUAAAACUUUGGGGUACUCAACAUUUCCGGGUUCACAAAAGUACUCUAUGAGCUGGCAACUAGGCUAAGAGGGUGUGAUAAUAGAUGAGGGGUCUAUGUGUACGCUAGGGUCAUCAUUAAACUGGAAACUAAGAGAACAUGUUUACUUCUGUUUAAGACUGUAAUAAUUUACUAAUGCAAUGAAUGCAUUCAGACACACUGGCUUUACUGACCACACAAUGAAUAUGUGAGUGAAGAAUAAUGUAUUUUCUGUAGAUCAGAUGAUCUGAUUGGUUGUCUUGUCCUCUGCUUCUUGUCCAUCAGUAGUUCCAAGCAUGAUAGGGACUGAUGUUGAUUCUGGCCAAAUGUUUUCUGUGACACUUUUUAAAGGCUCCUCGUCAAUUUAGCAAAUGACUGCCUGAGUGAUAAACUUUCAAAUGUUUGUUGAAGUUGGACAACUCAGAGGUUAAAGUUCCUGUCCACUUCUUACACUUAAAAGAUAGUUUUGCAAUGUGGGUCAUUUCAAGAUUUUAUUUUGCUUGUCCUACUGUAAGCUGUCAACAAACGUCUUGUUCUGUCAGAGAUUUCUUCUAGGUAUUGCCUAAUCCUACUCACAUACGAUGAUUCUGUUGUCUAUUGUACAAAUUAAACAGUUAAACUUUCUCAAAGGAAUGAGUUACCUUACCUCA